AUGCUGCAGCCCAGGUUGCUGACGCCCCUACGGGCACUGGAAAGGGUCAUUGGUCCCUCCGUCCGGUCAACGACGCAACACCUCUACCAGCCACAACAAUCACUCCUGCAGCGGACGCUCUCGGCGCCAUCGGCGCUCACGAAAACCACACCCUCCUUCUCCCGCCCGCUCUUCCCCUUCUCCCAAGUGCGACACGCCUCACACGCCGCCCAAGGAACAGCCAAUAAGCACUCGCGCGACCCGGCCGGCAAGCGUCUCGGCGCGAAACGCACAGGCGGCGAGUACGUCGUUCCGGGAUGCAUCAUCUUCCGGCAGCGCGGGUCGAAGUGGUUCCCGGGAGAAAACUGCGCCAUGGGCCGCGACCACACGAUCUACGCGACCCAGCCCGGCUAUGUGCGAUAUUACCUCGAUCCCCUGCAGCACCCGGACCGGCGAUAUAUUGGGAUUGUCUUUGAGAAGGACGGCAAGCUGCCGCAUCCGCGCAAUGCGCCCACCCGCCGCAAGUUGAACAUGGUCGCUGUGCCGCGUGCCGAACGUGCUGCGGCUCAGUCUGACCUGGUUGCCUCUGUCGAUGAGAAUGGUGUCCAAGUUGCGGACGUCGAUGCUGCCCAUGCCGAGCAGGGGCCGCAGCUGCGGCCUGGGUAUAUGUACCGUGAGGCCAAUUGGCAGAUCGGUCGUGUGGCCGAGAAGGCUGGUGUCAAGCCCAAGGUGUAUAAGGUCCGAAACCGAUGGCUCGCGUGGAGGAUGCGUGUGGCUCGCACUCAGCGGGUUGCCCAGAUGAAGAGUUUGAAGAGCAAAAAGGCGGGCAAGAAGAACAAAUAA